AUGGCGGAUCAAGAAGCUCCUGGUUGGCGGGAAAAGGCAGGGGCUUUCAUCUCCUCUUCCUCUUUCAAGCUGAAAGCAGCGGGAUCAGCCGUUGCAGGCGCUGCCGGCGAAGCAGGAUCCAAGGUGAAAACCUCAUGGCAGCAGAACGUGCAGCCGAAAGUCGCAGAGGCGGCGACUCGCGCAGCCGUCGCAGCAGAAGGAGCGAAAUCGCGAAUGCACACCACGUGGGAGUCGACCAAGGAGAGCUGGAACACGAAAGUGCUUCCAAGAAUGGAGGCCGGGCUGGAAACGACGGCUCGCGUAGCGGCUGACACGGGGUCGAUGCUGAAGCAGGGGCUGAUGGAGACGACGGAGAAAGUCAAGGCCAGUCGCGUGGGUCAACAGCUCACUGAGCUGACGGCGAAUGGCAUGGAGAGAAGCAAGGGGCUUCUCCAGAAGGUGGACUGGCGGAGGGGACGCCCCGGAGCUCCAGGUGACGCCACACUAGUGUUUGGUACACCCUUAGAUGCAUUCGCGAGCAGGCAGAGGGGCACAGCCGUGCCCUUCGUGGUCAUCCAGUGCUGCAACUUCAUCCUGCAGAAUGGCUUGGUUACGGAGUACUUGUUCGAGUCUGAGAACGAUUCACGUGUGGUCAAAGGACUCAUGCACAUGUUCGAUACUGACCCCAACGCGGACAUCCCUUCGGAUACCAGCCCACUAGACGUGGGGCAGCUGCUGCUUGUCUAUCUCAAGUGCCUCCCCGAGCCUCUCAUGACCUUCUCCCUUUUCUCCGGGGUCGCCACUGUCGGCAGCAGCGAUGUCACGCAGCUCAGGCGCCUGCUGCACACGCUACCUGCUGUUAAUCUUGAGACGCUGCAUGCUGUGCUGUGCCUGCUGUACCGAGUCAGCUUGCACGCUGAUGUGAACAAGCGACACGCAGCUCAGGUGCCUGCUGCACACGCUGCUGUCUGUGAACCUCGAGAUGCUACAUGCUGUGCUGUGCCUGCUGUACCGAAUGGACGCUCAAAGCCUAGCAGCCGAAUUCGCCCCCGUCCUGCUCUGGCCGCGACCAGAGACGAAACCAGGGAAGGCGCAGGAGCAGGUGCAGCAGCAGCAGCAGGGGAUGGAGGGGACGGUAGCAGAGGGAUGGAUGGUAGCAGUAUCAGCAAGAGCACAGGAGGUGGUGGUGGUGGUGGUGGUGGUGGUGGUGGUGGUAGUGGGAGAGUGAGUGAGGAUGUGCCUAGUCUCAUGGCCCCCUCCUCCCCUCCUGCUUUGACUCCCAAGGGUAGUGCUGCUUCUGCUGCUGGUGCUGGUGGUGCUGGUGCCACUGGUGGUGGUGGUGGGGAUGCUAUGGCGAGUCCUGCUAUGAGGAGGGCACAGAGUGAGAAGGGAAUGCGAGUGGGGGAUGGAGGGAGUGCUGCUGCUGCCACUGUUUCUGCUGGGCCAGCAGUCGUGGAGGCAAACGGAGAAUCGUCUGUUCCUGGUGAGCUGGCACAUAUAUUCCCCCUGCUCUAG